UAGGGGGGAGUUGCCUUCACGGCGCGUCCCUCUGCUGCGCGCGGAACACGGAGGUGUAGGGCGCGUUUUGCAUCUACUCUGAAGAGCGGCGACACACACACACACACACGCACGCACGCACGCGCGCGCACACUCUAGCUUUGGAUGCAAACAUGACACGAGCGGCGGGCUGUGCCGCGAGCGCAUCAGAAUAAUCCCGGCAGACGCAGAGAGCCGCCAUGGGAGGACAGAUCACCAGAAACACCUUGUACGAUUCUCUCGGYGGCCCGUUCCCGUCCACGUCCCACCGCUGUCACCACAAACCCAAACGAUGCCUGCCCAUCCACUGCGGCGGCAUCGGCGGUCCUUUCCCCGUCAGUCCCCUCCUUUUCCACCCCAACGCYAAGGGAUCCCAGAUCAUCAUGGACCUGGCUCAGAGGACCGUGAARAGGCAGGCCAGUUUCUGCAAYGCCAUCACCUUCAGCAACCGGCCCGUGGCUCUGUACGAACAGGUCCGCCUCAAGAUCACUAAAAAGCAGUGCUGCUGGAGCGGAGCUCUGCGUCUGGGCUUCACCUCCAAAGACCCRGCCCGGAUCAAUCCGGACAACCUGCCCAAGUACGCUUGCCCGGACCUGGUGUCGCAGAGCGGCUUCUGGGCCAAGGCGCUGCCCGAGGAGUUCGCCAACGAGGGAAACGUCAUCGCCUUCUGGGUGGACAAGAAGGGUCGAGUCUUCUACCGGAUCAAYGAGUCCAGCCCCAUGCUGUUCUUCAGCGGGGUCCGCACCGCCGAGCCCCUCUGGGCCCUCAUCGAUGUUUACGGUCUGACCCGUGGAGUCCAGCUGCUAGACUCUGAGAUCGUUCCUCCGGACUGCCUGCGCCCGCGCUCCUUCACCACUGUGCGCUCCUCCUCUCUGCGGCGCGAGGCAGAYGACUCCCGCCUGUCCGUCAGCCUCUGUGACCUCAACCGGCAGCAGGAAAACGGAGGCCCCGCCCACAGCCACUCCCACCGCCACACCCUCCACCUGGCCUCGACCUCCUCCUCCUCCUCCUGCCCCAUCCCACAGAACUCGCUGAACUCGCAGCAGUCCUCCCUGCUGCCGUCCGCCCUGGACAGCGACCUGCACUUCCACCAGCUGCGCGGCGCUCACAUCAAGACACUGGAYGAGCAGACGGUGGCGCGCUCUGAGCACGCGCGAGAGGAGCGCACGCUGGUCUUCACCAACCGGCCCCUGCGCACCGGAGAGACCGUCUUCAUCAAGGUCACCAAGUCCAGCCCCUCGCGCUCAGGCUCCCUGUCAUACGGCGUCACGUCCUGCGACCCGGCGGUCCUGCGGCCCAGCGACCUGCCCUACAACCCCGAGGCUCUGGUGGACCGCAAGGAGUUCUGGGCCGUGUGCCGKGUGCCGACACCGCUGCAGAGCAGUGACAUCCUGGGCUUCUUGGUGAACCAGGAAGGAGAGGUCAUCCUCAGCCACAACGGCACCAACGUGGGCAUGCAGGUGUGCGUGGACAACUCCCGCCCCCUCUGGAUGUUCUUUGGCUUGCAUGGAGCCGUAACGCAGCUGAGGAUUCUGGGAACCACCCCCAGUUCCCCCGUCAGCCUYCCCAAGUCCCCCACCUUCCCAUCGGGCCGGGAGCCGUGGUCGGACGAGUGCUCCAUCUGCUACGAGAACACGGUGGACACGGUCAUCUACACCUGUGGACACAUGUGUCUGUGCUACACCUGUGGCCUCAAGCUCAAGAAGAUGUCCAACGCCUGCUGUCCCAUCUGCAGGAGACAAAUCAAAGACAUCAUCAAGACGUACCGCAGCACGUAGAGCAGYGGGGGGCGGGGCAGCUGAACCGUCCGUCUCUGACCCGCGCUUCCUGCGGACGCUGCAGCCGUUUGGUUUUUCCGAGCCGUGUCGUGGGAAUCGGGCUCGUGUUGAAGCUCCUGACGAGUCUUUGUGGGUCUGAAUCCUGCACCUGCAGCAGGAACCGGCUCAGAGUCAGGCUGAGGACUACAGGCAGUGGUUUUUCUCUUAUUUUCCUGAUUCUCAGUGUUUGAAAGAGACGCCAGCGCCGCUGACUGUUGUAAGUAGGAUUGUAAUCCCUCCUGUAUAAUCUGAUGUAGUCGUGUUUAAGCUGUCGGUAGCUGUGUCGUCGUGCUAGCUGCUUGCUCCGCCGUGUGGUGAAAUCAGCGUUUUCCUCUCAGAAACCAUCAAACCAAGAGGAAGAAGAAAUUUAAAUUUGAUCUGAUCAACCUGCAGCUCAGAAAGUCAACAGGAAGUGGAUUUUUUUUUAAGAGAAAACAAUAAUUUGGUUACUCCUCAGGGCAAUCUGCUGUUCCUCAGAUUUACUUCCCCAAAUUCUGCUCCUGUAAUCUCACCUGAAACACUGUGAGUCGUCCCGUAACGACACACAGUCAAAGGAUUGUUGCCAUGGUUACAGCCUCCUGCCUUAAAACAAAAACACCUGACCAUGAACCAAAUGCUGCUGCUGCCUGGCUCCGACUGCGGCAGCCCAAACAAAAAGCACACAAAUCAGAUUAUUUUUGUAGAAGAAAUCUGUUUCUAAGAAUCAAUAACUGUUCGUGACGAGACUUUUAUCAGCCACAGAGAUCUUUUACAGGAAGAGAAAUAUUUUCAUUAUUUGUUCGGAUCUUUCUGAUCAGACCCCUGAUUUAAAUGCACAGAUUAUUUCUAAGGUUGUACAUUUAAAAAAAUCAGGUUUUUACUGUAAAUUAUUUAGUUCAAUCUCAGACAAACAGAAAAAAACAUUCAGCAAAAACAAAAAACGUUGGAUCUGUGAGGCCGGCCUCGAUGCUUACGUCAGGGCGGGAAAACAUCAGUCUGACGGGGGUCAAAGGUCAUUCAGAGUCCUUCCUUCUGCAGAGAGGAAGAUUUAAGACAGCUGACUGUCAUCACCCUGAAGGUCAGACUGUGCAGCUCUGAUGGAAAGAACCACAUGAGAGACUGCAAACAGAACCCCCUCAGAGUUCUGCAGCUGAAACAGGCUCAGUAUGGAGCGGUACGAGGGACAAAAUUAAGACUAUUGCUCAAUCAGCUGUUGCUACAUCCAUGUAGCAUGAGGCUAUAUCUAUUAAAGGGCCAAUAUUAUGUGUUUCUAUUUAAAUACUAUACCAUACUAAAGUAUCUAUGUCACCUU